AUGUCCAGUGCUACUACCCCAACUUCGCCACGAUACCGUCGUAGUCCUUCUACGCCAAUGAGCAAUCUUGACCGAACUCUCAAUGGAGAUUCUGUCACCUCGUCAACAGCGAUGAGAGGUAAACAUCCGGACUAUUUCCUUGCGCAUCGACCUCGAUGGGAGGCACUUGAUCAAUCUUGCGAGUCCCAGUCCGAGUUCAAAUCCAAAUCCAGGUCUAGAUCGGGGGGACAUAGACUUACUAUCCAUAGUAAGCCUAUAUUCAAAGUCGGCACACCAUUCCCCGAUAGUCAAAUCAUGCGGGAAUUGAGUGCUCAAGCCGAUGAGAUUUAUGAGAGAGUCAAUCAAUUUUCGAUCUUAACCAUUCCCAAAUACUGCAUGGACAAAGAUCCACAAGAAUUUGCGAGGUUGGAUGAAAUCUUGAGAAAUGUGGUGAGGGAAGUCAAUCGAUCGGAUAAAAGCAAUUAUAAAAGUGUAGUCACGAAAGUUGGAGAUUAUUCUAGGAUUCAUCCCCAAACUGAUAAGAACACUAACCUCUUGACUGAGAUCAAACUCCCGGAUUCCACUGAAGAAUGGUAUGAAUAUGGAGGAAAUCAGACCGAGAAAAGAGAGAAGCAAAACUUCACCAACGAUUUCAAGUGUUUCUUCGCUGCUGCCAGCCUUGUUCCACCCACAAGUUCCAUUGCAUCACCCUACCUCCGACAGGAACACGGACAGGAUGAUUCCGAAAGGGAUGAUGAGGUUUAUAGGAGGAAACUCGAAUUCAUGGAACAUAUCAGGGGUUUGACUGCUUCUCCAGAUCCUUUGAAAGGGGAAGAGCGAGAUGAAGAAGGCGGUAGCAUACUGUGGCCAGUACCUUCCCCAACUAGUGGUGGAUUCCGGAGACCCAGUUUAGGUCGGAGGGUCUCCAGUAUGGGAUCAGCGGUCGCUCGAAGGUUGAGCAGCUCCAGUCCUGCGCAAAGAAAAUGA